UCGAAAUCAAAACAAACACAAGCCACUGCCCGGCGUGCAAUCUUUUCGCACUAUUUAAUCACUCUGCAUUCGCAACGUGUUUGCGGUGCGAAGUGCGAUAGUUAUUUGGUGUUAUUGAAUGGUGUAAAUAUAGACAACACUUUUACGCAUCCGAGUGCAUUUUUCCGCGUGAUUGCAUGGUGGUAAUUUAGGCUUAUUUUGUGCGCGCCGCGAGGGUUUCAGCAAUCGAAGUUCAAUGACAUCUAAAGUGACUGCCUAUGAACUCCGGCGCGUCGAGUGGCUAGAACGUCUGGACCGGGCAGAUGGCGCCCUAGAGGUCCUGCAGAUUUGCCAGGAUAUUUGCAACUUGGUAGAUCGCCGAACCACCGCCGAGGACGUUGACCCGGCUGACGUAGCUCCCGGAUCGCCAGGAUGGGGCACUCGGUUGUAUCUGAACAACGAGCUGCUGAUACGGCUGAAGACGAUAAUGGAAAGCUCAAAAAGUUCCUUCGUUCAGAAAAGGAUCAUAUCGAAGUCGCUGUUCAAAAUCUACGCGCACAACUUUCGCUACUCACGGAUGGUUUUCCCUGUGGGAGGCGUGCUGCCCACCGGGGCAAUGAUGGCUGAGGAGACAAUUGCCAUCUACGGAAUGCUCUACUCUGGGUUUCUUGCCAUGACUGGAUCGGAGAAUUUGAGCGGAAUCGCCGUGAGGAAUUUCGAGCUGUUCCAAACGAUGGGCUGUUAUAGUAAAUGUAUGAACACGCUGGCCGAAAAUAUGAUCGCCCUCCAGAGGAUGGAUUGUUACGACAAGUUCUUCGGCGAAAGACAGGACAGAAUAUGGCACAUAGUGCUGCUGAAUCUGGAGUCCCCUUACAAAGGGACACGGGAGUACAUGUUGGGAAUCCUCAAAAAUCUUUUGAACGAUGAUAGAUUCGUUCGAAUGAUUGUCCUGCCUGCAAUACUCAAAUGGAGCUGGAUGAAUCGAAACAAGUUGCAUAUCCUUAUGGCUCUUUUGGGGAGAUAUCGCCUGGAGAGCUUGGAAGAAAUGGGCGGAGAAAGGAUUGACUUGUAUCGAGCCUUGGAGUUAUCGCUGCAUUACAAGCAUUUGUUCUCCGGAAGCCAAGGCAUUGUUAGAGUGCUACAAAAGCAACAAGACGACCGUAUCUUUGAACUGGAAGUAAAAAUACUAAAGGAAGGAAGCAUUGAACUGGUACGUACGAUGAUCAAGCAAUGGUUCUCCAACCUUACUGUAGGAGAUUACAGAAGACUCUUUAGAAUGAUGCAGCUGGAUCAGCUGAAGAUCGGUGAAAACAGGAAAUUCAUGCCACAUUAUUUGAAAGACAAUAAUUACGUCAAGUUUUUCCAAUAUAUGAACCUUUUUAGAAAAGAGUUUCAAUCUUCCAAGGAUUUGAAUAUCCUGCUAGUGCUACUGCUGCAAAUCACUGCCGAAAAUAGCAUCGAUUACAUGUCGAUGUCGCUGCUGAUAGAGACACUUGUGCAUCACAUCACCACUCCAAACGCGCACAUUCAUCCCUCUACGAGUGUGUUCUACAUCUUCAAACUGAAAGAGUACAUCCUGCAGCAACUGGGUGUCCCUUCCGUGCACUUUUGCAACACAAUCGUCACCCAGUGUACCAAACUUCUGAACCACAUCGCCUCGCUAUCACUGGAACGGUACGAAGCCAACGAAGAUGCCUACGGAAUCGUAUCAGAGUUGAUGGGAUCAUCCGUAUUUCACCAACAUCUUCAGAAACAAUCCACCAGCAACUACCAUGCCGUCAUCACAAGCCUCCGGAUGUUUCAAUCGUUUGCCUCGCUCUUCCUGGAGUUCACACCAACUUCGCCGUACCGAUUGCAGGAGAAGGAAUCUACGACUGCGGAACGGACCACACAUUUGCUGCCCGUGGAAUCGGACACGUUCUACGACAUGAUCUACGGGGUCGAGCAUCUGCUUACUUCGGACUUCGAAGAUGUGAAAAUGACGGCCCUCAAGUUGCUCUAUAACAAAAGUUCCGCGUAUCAUUAUGGACCGGCUCUGCAAGGGAAACUUUCGCUGAUCUAUUCGUACAGCACACCAUCGGCAAUACUGGAAGCCAUGACAAGCUUCUACGACGAAGCGCACACCGCUCUGCUGACCUCCCUCCGAGAUCACGAACGGGACUUCUUCGCUAUGAUGAAGAACGACUGCCAGCUGUAUACCCACAUCGACAGCGUCAACGAGGCAUUUUUUGGCUACCGAGAAUCUCGCAACCUGCGCAUACUUGAAGACAUCAAAGCCUUCCCGGGGAUGCUCCUGUUGGUGAAUCGCGUCGUAGAAUUCGUGCUUCGUUCGUUCAAUUGUGCGAAAUCAAAGGAAGAGCGGCAGAUGAUCGGUUCCACCUUCGAAAUAAUGGACAACAGUUUCCAGAUGCUUCUGGACCGUUCGUCGCAACGUUCAACCAAUCUGUCGAUCGACAAGAAAACCAUGCUCAAAGCUCUAUGGAAAGCGCUGCACGCUUCGGCGGCUUUCCUGGAAAACUACGCCCUCUGGAUAUUGGACAAUUAUAAAACCCGGUUAGACACCGUGAAGCAGCUAUCGAUUUGUCUGCGAACUUUUGUGAUGAUCAUGGUGAAUUGCUGCCAUCGGGGGGCUAUCGAAGCGACUGGGGUUGCUUUUGGAAGGGUAGUCAAAAAGAUAUGCGCUUUGAAGGAACGGCUAGUGGUGCGGAAUGAUCACCGCAAUCGUCAGGCCAAGUUGAUCGUAGAACUAGCAGAAAGGACGUUCCGCACAUUGAUACGACUAGAUCUGCAGGAGAACGAUUUCAGACGUUGCCGAGGGUAUCUCUAUAUGAUCCACAAUUUCAUCAAAGCAGAUUUGAACAACAAUGCCGAGCGAUCGUAUCUGAAGAUCUACAUAGAAGUUAAUCGUCUUCCACUGUGUCAACCGGGCAUGACCACGGAAGCCAUUGAAAAGAUUACCGUCUUUCAACUGCAUCAGUUGAAUCUAAUGGUGCGAGAGGCUACUUUGAACGAAAAAAUCCUAGAAUACAUCGACGAUCUUAUGAUUAUUGCGUUGGAGCGAUUCAAAUCAACCGAUUGGCCUAUUCGCAACGCAGCCCUCCAACUGUACUCAUCGAUCGUUACCAAACUGGUCGGACAACGUCAGCUGUGCUCGGAUUCGAACUGCGACUGGCUCCCCGUGUAUGUAUCGCUCAACGAACUGAUCUUCAAGCUGGUCAAGGCAAACAAAUACAUCCUGAAGGAGCUUCGUUCCACUGAGCGGGUUUCGACUCCAUUCCUAAUACUUGUCCUGGAGUUCCUCUCCAAGGUAGAAUACCGCAUGUAUAACGUUUUGGGCCAGAAGUCGAUUAUCGUAGAAUAUAGAACUCUGAUGUGGCGUUAUUUGAGACAUGAGAAUGAUCAAGUUCGAACCCUGGCUGCCACAUGUUUCACGCAGCUGCACGAUUUCUACGAAGAGAUACCCCGAUUGAUGGAAAACCUAAUCAUAUGUUUUUUUACUGCCCGGAGGAACGAAAACUUUCGCUACGGCCUGCUGAAGGUGAUACAGUUCAUGGUGCGGAAGCGGGUGACCAACGCUCGAUUGAUGUUCGGGAAGGAGGUCGACCGCGAAGAGUACCUCGAACAGCUCCGGCAGAUGAUUGCCAAGUACUGCGUUUUGGACGAUGGUCUCCGCGCCAGCUAUCGACUGCGGUGCCAUUUGCUAGAUCUGCUGUUGUAUCUGGGCUUCAAACGGAUGGAUGCUGUUGUGGUAGAUCAGGUGUUCAACAGACUGGCACCGAACAACUUCGGGUUGAACGUGUAUCUGAUGAGAACGAAUGCAUUGUAUAAUAGGAAUUUGGAGAGUAAUGUGUUGAAUACCCAGCAGCAAACAAUGGAGUAUGAAGUAGUCAUCGAAGGGGACGAAAAAGAGGACGAUUUGGAGGAAGACUAAAGUGCACAUGAUUGAUUUAGAUCAAGAAAUAAAUUUCCUUUUUUUAUUGAA